UUUUACUGAAAUUUGAUUAAAUUCAAUUUGAAAUUGUUAAAUAUCAAUUCAAAAUUGCUUAACAAAAUUUAAAAUAUCAUUUGAUCGUUAAUCAAGUAGAUUUACUUGUAAACCUCUUUCUAAUCUUCCAUUUCCCAGUUUUCAUCCUAAAGUUUCCAUCUUUGAAAAAAAAAAUCUGAAAAUCUGGGCAAAAUUCUAGCAUAGAAAAAUGGGGUUGUUUGAUCUUGAGAAAAACUUUGCAUUUUAUGGCGCAUAUCACAGCAACCCAAUUAAUAUAUUGAUUCAUAUGUUAUUUGUUUGGCCUCUAUUCUUCACAGCCCUAAUGCUAUUUUACUAUGUACCCAUUUUUUAUUUACCUAAUUUUGCAUCAUUUUUCACUAUAAUUUAUGCUGUAUUUUAUGUGGGUUUGGAUAAAAAAGCUGGCUCUUUGGCUGCUCUUCUCUGCUUCCUCUGUUGGCUUGGAGCUUCUGCUUUUGCUAAAUAUCUUGGCUUUUCUUUGACUUGGAAGGUUGUUUUGGCAGCUCAGUUGUUUGGUUGGACUGCUCAGUUCCUCGGUCAUGGUGUAUUUGAGAAACGAGCACCUGCUCUUUUGGAUAAUCUCUUACAAGCCUUCUUGAUGGGUCCUUUUUUCGUGCUACUAGAGGCUCUUCAACAAUUCUUUGGAUAUGAACCAUAUCCGGGAUUUCAGGCAAAGGUGACUGAUAUGGUGGGAGCUGAAAUUAAAGCAUGGCAAGAGAAGAAACAGAAGAAAUCAUCCUAAAGCUCAUGAAUUCACAUUUAUCUCUUCACAUGAUGUUCAGCUAAUUGUCUUUAUACACUAGUAUAUACUCUUAACUGUAAGUAAAUAUAAAAUUCAGCUAGGAAAUUCAGAAUUGAACAAACGUAUGUGAAACAUGACAUGAAACACGAAUGUCUGCUGCAAUCAACAAAGAUGAUAAAAUUGUUACUGCUA